AUGCGGGGGGCGGGGAGGCUGACGGUCCUGAUGGCUGCAUGGCUGGGGGGGAUGGCGAGGGGCUACGAGAGGAUGGUGAGGAGAGAGGAGAGACGAGCGUGGCCUCUUCCUGCAUCGCCUCUUGCUGGCCUGCGAGCCAUGGCAAGAGGAGGGAAGAUGCUGAGGCUGCGAGGAGGAAAUGGGGCGUUGGAGGACCUGCCGCUGCUGAGCGACAAAUUUGAUGAGAAGGAGCUCCAGGAGAUCCAUGCUGCCGGCUCCAUGGACAACAUGUGGGAGCGAAGGAUAGAAGAGACCAUGCUGAGUGGAGGGAACCAGUCUCAGUACGAGACUUUGAUAGACCCCCAAGGCCUCUUCGAUGGGUUUCCGUCGGAUUGGAGAAGAUGGAAACUAAAGGAGACGCACGUCGGUCUGUUGGUGCCGAAAAACUUCACCUAUACUCGAUCCUUGCACAACAACUUCGACUCGAACGAGAUGGCUGUCAUCGUAAGAAACGAUGGCUCCAAGAGGUUCUGCAAGGUGGUUGCUUGCGAUGAUGACGGGGCCUUGCGAAAUGGCGAGGAGGUGGGGAAAUCUUACGUCGUCAAGUUAGAGAAUGAUGAGAAGACAAACAAGGGGAUUACAAGGGUGGAACGAGCAGAGAACAUAGGAAAGAUUUCCCCCGCCACGCUCGAAGAAGAGCAUGUAUUGGAUGAAAUCUGCAGGACAGAAGCUGCUAUUGCCCUGAAAAACAUGGGGAAUGACGCGCUGAACAUGUCUCUAUACGAUCUGGCUAUCGCCAAGUAUGGCAAGGCUCUGCAAUAUAUUGAAGAUCUGGUGUCAGAAGAGUCGCAGGAUCUCCAGACUUCGAAAACUCAGUCGGAGUUCGUGAAGAUUAACAUCAAUAUGGCGUUUGCUCACCUGAAGUCUCAGCGGUAUCAGCAAUGCAUCGUAGCAUGCGAAAGGGCCUUGAAGAUCGACCAGAACAACACCAAGGCGCUUUAUCGAGCUGGAAUAGCCUACAGGUCUUUGCAGAAGAUGGAGGAAGCAAAAUUCUUCUUCCUGCAAGUGUUUCGUCAGAGACCGUCUGAUGAAGUUGUCAAGAGAGAACUCUCGCAGUGUUAUAACAAGGCGCACGAGAUGGUGAGGGAUGUCAAUGCUGUUCUCGACUCGCUCCCUCCGGAUGUUCUUCGCACUCUCAGAGAUCCACAUCCUCCCUCAAAGACAGAUUACAAGUCAGGCCUAGAGGAUUGGGUCAAUUUCAAUCAGACUUCGCUCAAUCGGGACACCUUGAACAUCAACAAUACCAAGACCUUCAACUUCUUGAAGCUGCUGGCCGACAAAGACAACGUGAUGGAUGCACAAUACAACAUCGGGUGCUACUAUGCUGAAGGAAAAGGAGUGGAUGUGAACCAGACACAAGCAAGGUUCUACUUCAGAAAGGCGGCGGAACAAGGACACGCGCGUGCGCAGGUCAACCUCGCGAUUUACUUGUCCGGGAAAGGGAAGGGAGGCCCUCCGAACGUGACGGAGGCCGCGCUCUGGUAUGAGAAAGCCGCGCAGCAGGACGACAUGCGGGCGCAGAGGAUGCUGGGGGUGUGCUACAUGGAAGGGGUUGGGGUGGACAAGGACCCCUACAUGGCUGUGAAAUGGUACGCCAAGGCAGCGCGACAGAACGACACCAAGGCCCAGUACAACCUCGCCAUUGCCUACAUGGAACGCCGGGAGGAGGUCAAAGACGAGCACAAGGCAGCCAAGUGGUUCUGGCGGGCGGCAAACUUGGGGGACGCGCAGGCCAUGUACAACCUCGGCUGCCUCUACGCGGAGGGUGUGGGCGUCGCUCGAGACACUUCUAAGGCGUCUCGCUGGUUCGCUGAAGCUGCUUCGCGUGGCUUCUCGACGGAGAUCAACGACUCGAAGAUGCCUCCCCCGCGAGCGCUGGAAGCAGGCAAGGUCAGUAAGCACUUGAGCCGCGUAUGCUUCCUGCGCCUGAUGUCGCGAUACCACGGCAGCUCUCCACCCUCGAAGCAGAACAUUUCUGUAGAAGAGCAAAGGCUGUUUCCCGGUCCCUCGGGUCUUGUCAAGGAAUUCAAGGAGGAGGCGCCAGUGCCAGCACAGGCGAAGGUGCCAAGCACGAUCCUUGAGAAGAUCCCCAAGUACCUCAAGCCUAAAGACUCUGAGCAAGUGACUCCCCAGUCUUGCGUGAGCAACUCGUCUGCCUCAGCUCCAGCGAUGAACAAGCCGCCAAGUCAAGGAAAAGAAGUUUUGGUAGGAGCAGAGCCAUUGAUGCAGAAAGCCGUCUGUGGCCUUCGAGUUCGCCUGGCGGCGAGCUGCUUGGGGAGUGGGAUCAAGGGCGAGAAAGGCUGCGGAACGAUUCAGUGGGUUGGAAAUGGAGGAAAAGUCUGCCAUGUCCGCUGGGAUGAGAACGAAGCCUUUGACUACUCCUAUUCCGUGGGACACAAUGGGUUUUAUGACCUCCAAGCUGUGCAGGAUCCCAGGUCUGUAAAGAAAGAGCCGACGAAAGCAUCGUCUUGGACUACGCAGGGUGUCCUGCAAUUCCUUGAAUCGUUCAGACCGACUUUUGGGGAGAAGACCGACAUGUACAAAGAGAGCAUGGCCAAAGAAGACAUUGACGGCAAGGCUCUGCUUCAGCUUCAGUCUGAGGACUUGAAGGAGUUGAAAUUCUCGCUGGGCCAUAGGAAGCAUCUUCUAGAAGAGUUGGACAAGCUGAAGAGCGGCAUCGUCGUAGAGAAAGAUCUCGCAAAGGACCCUCCCCCCAAUGAAGAGGCCGAGAAGCCAAAGAGAGACGAGGACUCUAUCCUCACUGAGAAGUUUUCCUCUCAUGGGCCUCCUCGUUUGGCUGAACUAGACUUCAAGCGACAGGCUCAAGCCUGUGCUGCGGCUCUUGGAAACGUCAAGCCCUUGCCUCAAUUCGCAGUGGACGAUGAGCUUCUGGAAGGGGAGGAGACGUCUCCCUCUGGCGACUCCUUGUUCCGUCGCACCCUCCGUAAGAGACAACAAGAGUACUGA